AUGAAGCGGAUGCAAGAUGAGAUGGAUCAGAAGCUGGAACUCCGCCUAAUAGCCCUUGAGCGUGAACGAGGUCCAGGACCUCUCGACCUGGUCACGACAACUGACAUCCUACCAUUCAGUAGGGACAUCCUUGAAUUCAAGCUCCCAAAAGAUUUCAAACAGCCUAGGAUGCAACUCUAUGAUGGGACCACUGACCCGGUGGACUUAUUGAAUGACUUCGGUUACUGGAUGAACGUGAAGGAUGUUGGAGAUGCCAUGAAAUGUUGGGCUUUUCCUCUACUCUUAGAAGGAUCAGCUAAGGAUUGGUUCAAAUACCCACCUAACUACCUCCUCAGCAUCAGGCAGGGCGCUAAGGAGAAGUUGCGGGGCUACAUCAAUCGUUUCAAUCGAGAAGUAAUUAGCAUCCCUAGUUGCUCCAAAGAUACGCCCUAUACUGCCCUUCUAGGUGGGUUUCGGAGAGGAUCUUUCCUGUUCCAUGUCAACAAGUUUCCACCUAAGAGUUAUGAGGACCUGGUGUCCGAGGUGUAUUGUCAUGCCAUAGCUGAGGAGAUGACAUAUGACACACCAGAAGGAAAGGAUCAGUCGCAGCCUGGUGUAGGAGAUAAACGGAGAGAAGAUUGGAAUGAUGUGCGGGAGAAGCCAGACUACAAGAAAGGAAGAUUUGAGAAUUCUAGAUGA